AUGUCAGAAACUUUUGAGACAUAUUCUGAUUAUGACUUUUUACCAAACAAUGAAGAUGUAAUUAUUGAGAACGAUCUUUUUUUGAAUGUAUCUCAUAAUAUUCCAAUAAAACCAUUUAUUGCAGCAAUUAUGUGCAUAGUAGUAUCCAUCAUUAUAGUUGUUACAUUAAUAGGAAAUUUGAUGGUGUGUUUAGCUGUAUUUAUGGUUAGAAAAUUAAAACAACCACCUAAUUUUUUACUAGUUAAUUUGGCUGUAGCAGAUUUUUCUGUUGGUUUUUUUGUUAUGCCAAUAGCAUUUUUAUCACUUUUUGAAAAUAGAUGGAUAUUAGGAGAAACUGUAUGUAGGUUAUGGACAUCAGCUGAUCUCACAUUAUGUACCGCUUCAAUAUUGAAUUUAUGUUUUAUUACUGUUGACCGAUAUUUAAUCAUUACAAAACCAUUACGUUAUUGUGCUCAAAGAACUUCAAAAAGAAUAUUUAUUUAUAUUUUGUUAGUAUGGUGUGGAGCAUUUCUUGUCUCAGUGACACCUUUAAUAUUUUUACCAUGGAAAAUGGAUAGCAAUGUUUGUCAAGUCCCUCAAAACCAAUUUUAUCAAAUUUACGCAACAUUUUUUACAUUUUAUGGACCUACUGCAGUGAUGGUAAUAUUGUAUUGGAAAAUGUUAAAAGCUGCUAAAAGAUUAGCUGAAAAAGAAGAGAGAAGCACAAGUUUAUAUUUAGAAGAUUAUGAUAAAAAAAAUUUGCCAACAAAAAAAUUGCAAAAAACAAAUUCGUAUCUAAUUACAAGUGAUAAUGAUUUGUCAUCUUCUGAAUCAGGAUCAAAAUUUUUUUAUAAUAGACGAUCAAGUGCAUUUUUGAAUGUUGUUAGAAUGCCAUUGAUUUCUCAUACAAGAAGAAAUAGUCAACAAAACCAUCAUGCUGUUAAAGAAAAUAAAGCCAGAAUAACUUUAGGUGUUAUAAUGAGUACCUUUAUAGUUUGUUGGUUACCAUUUUUUAUAAUGGCAUUAUUAAAAUCUUUCAAAUUGAUAGAUGCACCAAUAUGGCUUGAUAAUUUAAUUUUAUGGUUAGGAUACUCAAAUAGUAUGCUAAAUCCAUUAAUUUAUUGCAAAUAUAAUUCAGAAUUUCGUGUACCAUUUCGUGAGAUGUUAUGUUGUCGUUUUCGAACACUUAAAUCUGUUGUGAGACACGAAAGUUUCACUAAAAAGUAUGGGCCUUUAAAACCGCAAAAAAUUAAAGAAAAUGAAGUAGAAGAAAAAACUUAUACAAAAUCAAUAAAAAAAUCUUCAAUUAAGGAGACACCAAUUACACCAACACUUUCAAAAAAAAAUAGUACCAUUGAAUCGCAAAACAAUGCUCUGGUAUAA